ACCGUUUCCCCGCAUCCCCCGCUCAGGUUUAGUUCAAUGUCCGUGACUCUGUCCGGCAGGUGAGCGUUCUGACUUUUCUGUCAAAUACCGAAAACUCCAGAUGGAUAAUCUAAACAUGAGAUGAGCGGGGACUUUACUCGGACACCAGCGGACUGGUUGUGGACUCAGUGGGAGACAAAAAAAAAAAAAAAAAAAAGACAAGAGGGAGACAGAGAGCUAAACCCGGAGGUAGCGUUUCCACGUUAGCCCCGGCAGGACAGCAGCUGCACCGCGGCGGUUCGGAGCUUCGAGACCGAUACACGACACCUUCACAGCUGGGGGAAACAGGACUCCCGUGUUUUUACGAAGCUAACGCGUGUAACUUCCACGCUGUUAAGCUCAUUUCUCUUAAGACCACAGCCAGUAAAGUGUCAUGGCCUCAGCCCUGUCUGAUCAGGGCAGUGUCCUGCAGGAGGAGCUCACCUGUCCUGUGUGCCUGGACCUGUACCGGGACCCCCACCUUCUUCCAUGUGGCCACAACUUCUGCAAGACCUGCCUGGACCGCCUGAAGCGCCAGGCGGAUCGAGGUCGCCUCCGCUGUCCGGAGUGCCGCGACAGCCACCGCUCUAGCACCGCCUUCCAGAAAAACUUCAAACUGGCCAACAUCGCUGACGACUACCGCCGCAGGCGUCGAGCAGCUGCCGCAGCUGCCACAGCUGGCACAGCUUUAAAUUUACCUUCUCAGACUGUACCUCAAGUCAGAGCGGUCUUUGCUAUUCAGUGUGACUACUGUCCUUCAGUGGCCGCGGAGGCUUCAGCGUUAAGUGUUUCCGGGGACGGAUCUUCUUCUGCUUUGCUAGAUGGAGACGACAAGCAGGAAGCUGCCGCUAGGUCUGGGUUAGCGGUCAAAACAUGUCUCAAAUGUGAGGUGUCCAUGUGCCAGGAGCACAUAAAGCCACACCUGGAGCUGCCGGCGUUCCGCGAACAUCCUCUUACUGACCCCGUGAAUGACUUCUGGAAGAGGAAGUGCCCAGAUCACGACGAGAUCUACAGGUACUACUGCAUAGAGGACAAGAUAUGUGUUUGCAACGCCUGCACCAUAGAGGGAGGACACGUAGGACACACGAUCAAAACCCUGAAGAACACAAUGAAGGAUCUCAAGGGCUCACUGGACAAGCACCUGUACAAGCUGGAAAGGAAGUUCAGCCAGGCCGAGAAAAAACUCCAGGAGCAGAAGGAAAAGGAGAGACAAAAUAAGAGGUUCAUGGAGGACGCAGAGCAGCACUUGACUCAGGUGGAUCAGGAGAUGAAGGCCAAAGUCCAGCAUUUCAUCGUCACAUUGCGAGAACUCACUCGCUCUCAGUGCGACACCAACGGGUCGGCGAUUCAGGAGAACAUCUCUAGGAUCCGUCAGGACCAGGCUCGUCUCCUGGAGGUCCGCUGUGGCUUCGAAAGUCUCAUGCAGGAAAACGACCCUUUCCGCUUCCUUGAGGUGUACAAGACAACAGGAAAACAUUGCCGCAGACAGCUGAAGAAAAACUUAUUCUAUCCAGAGUACGUUGAAAUGGAGACGGAAAUUCUUGGAGUGAAGAUGGAGGAGGAGAUGGAAAAAUUCAUGGACGAUUUGCCUCACCAGAUUGUUACCACCAUCAACUCUUUGUGUCAACUGUCAGAUGCUGAAGAAGAAGAGGAACAUGAAGAUAAUGAGGAAGUAACUGCGGAGGAGGACGAUGAUGAUGAUGAUGACGAUGACCUCGAUGAAAGCAGCGAGGAGGAAAUGAGGAGUGAAGGCGAGGAGGAACCAGGUGAUGAAAAUGAGCUGAAUGAUGACCACUUUAGCUCAUGGGAGGAAGAGGAGGAGGAAGGAGAGGAAGAGGAGGAAGAGCAGGAGGAUGAUGAAGAGAGCGAGGAUGAAGAGGACGAUGAAGAAGAGAGAGCGAUUUGAUUGAGGCAUUUGUUUGUAUGCAG